AUGCAUCGAACUGCAAAAUAUCUGUACAUAAUCGGUGGAUGUGCACUGGCUGCCGAACGGGAACCAAUUAAAAAUAUCGAGCGGAUUUGUAUAGAAAAUGUGGAGAAAUCUAGAGAAAAUAGCUCCCCACUAGUCAAAAUUCAUGCUGAACACGUUGGUAAUCUAUCGAUUCCUCGACGGUCUCCAGCUUGCUUUCUACUCAAAAAUCAACAAGAAAUCUUAAUUUCCGGUGGAUGUACAGGUCCAAAUAAUCAUACAAACACCAUGGAAUUGCUCCGAAUUUCUCCAGAAUUUUCGUCGAAAAUUCUGGAAGAAACAUUGGAAAUCGGAGCUAGUUGUUCGGGUUUUGAUUGGGCUUCAAAAGGGCCAUUCUACCCAAUUUUUGGUGGAUUUGAAGCUCAUUCCUGUCUUGACGAUGUCCAGGUCUUGGACCAAUCGCAAAAUUGGAAUGCUAAGAAAUUAGGCAAAAAACUGAUGCCGAAAAUCAAGAAUUCGACUGUAUUGGCACUGGAAAAUCGAGAAUUUUUGAUGUUUGGAGGCUGGGAAGAUGAACAAAAGACCACGAAAGCGAUUAGAAAAAUCAAGUUCAACGAGGACUAUACGGAUUAUGAAGUGGAGUUCGCCGGAUUUUUGCCGUAUCCAGUGGAAGGUCACUCAAUGGUUCGAAUUGGCUCUAACGUCCUAUUAAUCGGUGGAUUCGACGGAUGUUUUGUGCUGGAUUCUAUUAUAAAAUACGAUUUGGACACUAAGAAAUCCGAGAUUCUCCCUGAAAAACUCUCCGAAAAACGAGAAAACCACGUGUCAGCUGUGCUCUCCGACCGAUUUCUAGUGAUUGCUGGUGGCUGGAAUUCCAGAAGUUCGUUAGAUGACGUGGAAGUCUUUGAAAUUCAGAAAGAUUCAGAAUUGGCACGUUGCCAAGUGAACGGGAAAUUGUUAAUGGCCAGAAAUCGACCGGCUGGUGUUCCGAUUUGA